AUGGAAGAUGCCUCCACAAAUGUCACCCAUGCCGCGCGCCUGGUGCAGCUGCUCAAGAUCCAAGGCUUCAGCGCCACAGAGCACAUGAAGAGCGGUAGUUGCAAUUACAUUCCAUCCGCCACAGAGCACAUGAAGAGCGAUAGUUGCAAUUACAUCCCAUCCAGAUGGACCGUCGAUGGUAAACCACAUGAAUCCAGGGUGGAAGCGAGCCUCGCCUGUCGGCUGGUACUUUCGAGCCAGAAGCUUGAAACAUCUCAAGAGUGUAGUGCGGCAGGAAUCUUCUCUUACCCCGGUGAAUGCUGCCAGGAUCUCGUGUUUCUCAGGCGUAGAGAUGAAUUGGAAGGUUAUCUCAAGGAUGAUACUUUGACCAUACAGUGCGCCAUCGCAGUACUCAAGCCCUUACCGGUACCAAGGAUCCCAGCUGAAGAGGUUCCCGUGCCAUCCUCCAACCUGCACCAGCACCUCGGCGAGAUCCUGCAGAGCAAGAUGGGAUCCGAUGUCACGUUCCUUGUAUGCCAGGAGUCAUUUCAUGCGCACAAGAACAUACUCGCCGCCAGGUCUCCUGUUUCCAAGGCCCAGUUCUUUGGAGAAAUGGAAGAGAAGAGCUCGCGGCAUGUCGAGAUCAUGGACAUGGAGCCGGAAGAACUCGGAGCCAUGCUCCACUUCAUCUACACCGACACGAUCCCUGAACUAGAAAAGCAGGAGGAGGCGUCGACGGUGAUGGCUCAGCAUCUGCUGGCAGCCGCUGACAGGUAUGGAGACAGGCUCAAGCUGAUAUGCGAGGCCAAGCUCUCUGGUGGCAUCACAGUGGACACGGCAGCAACAACUCUGGCCUUGGCCCAGCAACACAAUUGUUCACGGCUCAAGGCCAAGUGCGUCAAGUUCAUUGUCAGCACUCCUGAAGUUCUUGACGCUGUCCUGGCAACGGAGGGGUAUAAGCACCUGGAGGCAAGCUGCCCUUUGGUGCUAACUGAGCUUCUCAAGUCUGCCCAUGGGAGGAAUGCAGAAGCGUAG